CAGUUUUUGUUCCCACUUCUCUCAUCCUGCUAUCCGUCAGCCCAGGGAAUGUGACUGAGUGGGGAAUGUUUGUUGCAACCAGGAGUGUGCCUCUUAAAAUAAUUCCACUGUGAUGUUUUGACUGGGAAUGUUGGCUGUGGACGAGGAGGAUGCCCUCUCUGGCGGUGACGGGGGAGUGAGUGUGUGUGGCACGAGGAGGGGGUGAUCAAUAACAUUCUCUUUUUAAAACAAGUUGCCCAGUUGGCGUGGUCAUCAUCAGACCAUACCCUAAAAGCAAGGACCUUCAUCCAGACGCACUGACCAGCGGAGUUAGUCCCUGGUUUCAAACCUCUUGUGAUGCAGUUCUGGGCUGGGAGUCAGGGGCAACCACCCAUGUAUGCUAAAUUUGGGACUGUUCCUGGACAAAACUUUGCACAUGUAUAUCAGGACAAGCACCAGGCAGCAGAUUUUCAACCAUACCAGGGCAGGGAGCCCAGUUGUUGGACAGUACCAGGUUCUAGGACCGGAGGGGUCCUACAGGACUAUUCCAACUGGACUGAUCAAGGUCUAUCGCCCUCUGGCCCUCAUUUCCCCUUUGCUCUAGACAGCCAGCCCCGACAGCUCCAGGGCUCAAGGGACUAUCAGGCUCAAGAGAAGAGAGAGAGGGAAUGGUUGGUGGGAGAGGCUCAUAGAGCAGCAGCUAGGGAGAGGGAAAGGGAGUGUGAGAGAAGGAUGCAGAGGGAGGGGUGGCAGAGGAGGUGGGAGCCCUGUAGUCCUGUCCGCUACAGGAGGGAGCCAGCCAAGAGAAGUCUGAGCGACAGUAGCUAUCGGGAGCUGGAGGCCUGGGCAGCCCGCUACAGCCACUCACUCCCCAGGAAGAGACGCCUGGAGGCAGGGCUGUGGGGGGGGGCCCAGGGGGUGCCGGAGAGUGAGAGAAUCCUGGAGAGAGAGUCAUGGGGCAACAGAGGUGGAGCAGAACCCAUAGCAUGUGCAAUGCAUCCAGCGGGACAGUGGGAGAGGAGGGACACACAGCAAACUAUGCGCCACCGCUUGUCUGAGCCGGUCAUUCCUUAUACAACAUGCCCAUCAGACACCAAGGAGAAUGAGACAAGCUACCAGAAGAGGGUGUUAAGUCAACCUCCAGGCUACAUUCCACCUCCGCCUUAUAAUGCCCCACAUAACAUUUCACCAGUAAUGCAACAUGCUGAGAAACAUACCACUAAAGAAGCGAUGGCUUCUGUGUAUGCAGGGUGGGAUCCAAGAGCUAGCAGACACAAAUACUGCACACUGCCUACUCCGAGGAAGCAAGACUACUCUGUACUAGACUUUCAUAGGGAAAGAGGAGGGGGAGAUGAGUUUAUGAAAGAGGAGUGGAAGCAGAGGACCUGGUCUGAUCCUGGAGGGCAUAGGCAGCAAGGACAUGUUGUAGUUGGUCAAUGGACAGGCUUUCCAGCCCAUCCACAGAACAUGCCAAUCCAGUCUGAAAGCCUCUCACCUCUGCUGCAGUCCCCACAACAGCCUCAGAUGGCCAACCUCAGUGAGACGGCCUACCACAGUGCCAACACAGAAAGGAAAGUCAGCCUAAAGAAAAGGAGAGGAGGGGAGACCAUAUUUUGCUUGGUGUCUCGCAUGGGUGAAGUGGCAGGGUUGUCAAGUUCUCCUGAAGAACCACUAAAAACCCUUUCCCUGCCACUCUUCACCACCUCACCUCUGACAACUGUGUCAAACAGUGAGUUAAGCAGGGUAUCUAGCGACCUAGAGGAGUGUGGUGCCAGUAACGAAUCGCAUAAGCUUGCAGAUGAAGUUGAUUCAGGUGUGCCAUCACUCCAGCAUGAUUCCAGUGCUUCAGCCCAAACCUCUGUCUCCAUCAGAGACAGGAAUCUCAAACCUAAACUGAAGGGGGCGCUAGACUGGAUGGGAAGUGAGCAAGUAGCAGCCCACAGGGAUGAGCUUCUCAGGGCCAUUCAGAGCAGACCAAGGCUUCAAGGAGAGGAAAGAGACCUCCAAAGCCUACCCAGUACAACAGACAGUGAAGUUGCCUUGACAGAAGGCACCCAGGUUAAUGCUUCAUCCCCUGUAUCCAGGAGAAAAGGGAUGCAAGCACUGGCUCCUGUGUCAGUCAAGUAUCCCUUAUGGAGGGAGCCUAGUUACAUGGGCCGAGUCAAGAGUGACUAUCCCUCACCUAACUAUUUGAAGGGUACCUGGGAGGAGGGCGAACCAGGUAAGAAUCUGAAUGAUGAUCGUACAGAAAAUUGCCCUGAUGCUUGCAAUCAUCCUCUUGAUGUUGAAGUGAGGCGAUUGGAGCUCAAGAGAGACACAGAGUCUGAUGGUAGCAGUGGUCUUCUGGUCAUCAACGCAACUUGUGUUGUAGUCAGAGUGGAGUUCAUUUUCCCUCCUAAAAAAGAACAUGUCCAGUAUUUGUGCUUACCAACUCCUAGUGACCCACCUGUGCCUGAUCUAGACCCGAGCUCCGCUAUCCCAAUAGAUAACCAAGUCAAGGAGGAUACUACACCUGAUCAGGGCAUUGAUAUAUCAGCCCAGAUCUGCCCCCUGUUAGAUAGUGAAGAGCCUGUGAGUGAUUUCAAACCCUCUGACACAACUGUCACUGAAAAAGACUUGCCUCAGCAGAUAGAGGAGACAAGCCAACUCCCUGAAUCGCUCUUGCCCUCACCUUCGAUCCCUGACAAUGAGACCUGGGAGGAGCGUGCUGAGAGGAUUUUGGGGAUCCCUUUUCUGAACUCUAGCGUUCAGGAUAAAACAGAAAAGGAUGAGAUGCCACAGCCACCAAAAGAUGAGAACAAUGACGCCUUUGAGUGCCUUCCUGAGCCAGUGUCAGAGGCAUCGCCUGAGAUUGGUCUAACUGAAGAUGAUAUUUCUGCUACAGACACUACUGUCACUUUAGAUGACCAGUCUGCACCAGAUAUAGUUGCAGAGCCCAAGAUGGAGCUGAGGGAACAAACAUUUGAUGUCUCUGUGGAGAACUCCAGUGACUGUCUGCCUGACGUAAAGGUUAUGUCUUUACGAGAGACAGAUAGCGCAAACGAGCCUCCAUUCGAUCCCUGCCAGGAAGCAGGUCAAUUUGGUCCAUUUGGUGAUGAUGGUUUCCCCCCACCCAUCUCUCAGUGCCUCAACCCACCUCUAAGUUACCCUGAUUCUCCCCCACACUUACCUUUAGAUGCUACCUCCCCCUCUAAUUCAAGACCCCCCUCUUCCUCUCAUCACUUGUUGACUUUACCCUUCCAGUUCAUUUCAUUAUCUCUCCCCCCUGAGUUUAACACAGAUCCCCUGUCUCUCCCUGAAGAUCCACUCUCUCCCUCAGCUAUAAGCUUACCCCGUCACCCUGAUUUCCCUCCUACUCAACUCUCAGACUCCAUUUCCCUGUCCCGAUUCCCAUCUCCCCCUCCCUCUCCCCCAGUCUCGCUCUUCCCCUCCAGUUCUCCCCCUCUAUCUCCCUCGGUCCCACUCUCCCCCUCCAGUUCUCCCCCUCUAUUUCCCUCGGUCCCACUCUCCCCCUCCAGAUCUCCUCCCCCUCCAGACCCCUCCUCUAGACCCUGGAGCCUAGAGAUACUGGCCGAGGCCUUUACCCCUGUCCUGUCCGCAUCCACCACACCCACCACACGUAUAGAGGAGCCCCAAUACCCCAAGUCCCUCUGGGAUGCAGUGAAAUGCAUCCGGAAGCACACAGCCCCUGACUCAGAAAAUGAGGAGGAGGGAGGUGAGCUGUGGGAUCCAGAGAGUGCUGGUGAGGAUGGUGCUGCACUAUGCAAAGAAUUUGAUUUGAGCAUUGGGGAGAUGUUGUUCCAGAGUAGUAAUAGCCUGAGACAGGGGAUCAUUUUCAGCACUGGCGGAAGCUCCCUUGAAGUAGCAAAGGACUUAGAGGUGCAAAGGGAUCACAAAGAGGGACACAUUUUGGUUACGUCAACACAGGAUGAAAAACGCUGUGAGAAAGAGCCCAGCGGGCUGGCUGAAGAUGACACGCUCUCCUGCAGCAGCACAGACAGCCACGGCUCAGGGGACACGGUCAUCAUGGGGGCUGAGGGAGAGUCUGACUCUGAGACAGAGACUGAGGAGGAGACAGAUUGUGAAUCUGAGAUAAUCAGUGAGGAGGAGCCUGACACCAACGUGGAGCACUGUGUUGCUGAGGGAGAGGAAUGGAGCUGCACUGUAGGCCUAAAGAGAUAUGUUGUAGUGGAGGGGGAGGGAGAUGAUGAGAGAGACAGGGAGGUGAGGGACACAGCUGAGCCUUGUCAAAACAAGGGGUAUCUGUCUGAGACACAGGUGACAACACUGCAAAUUGAGGAAAGGCAUAUGGUAGAGAGUCAGAACGCUGGGGAAGGGAGAAACUCUGAGGGGGAGGAGAGCAGAGGUUUGGUCAACAUAACCACAUCUGAAAAGUUAUCUGGUGGGGCUAUGGGUGACAAGGGUCAGUAUGGAUGCAUGACAGUAGAGGGGAUAGAGGAAAGUGAUAAUGGGCAACACCAUAACAAUGGUGAAACAGUUUAUAGUGCACAAUGCACUGAGGUGGUGGAAAGUGUUGAGGAGAUGUGUAGCAGCAAUGUGGCAUAA